GACAAUAAAAUCUAUAAAUCCUUGCAUUCCACCAAAUUCUAAACUUCACCAGCUCAGGAUCACCUUCUGCCUCUGAAGCUUUUCAGCCUCAGUUCUUGCAGGACAAAACGCAAACACCUACAAUGGAUUGCUUGGUUCUACCUGUUACGAUGUUACGACGGAGAUUCUCGAAUUCACGGCUUGGUUAUCGUCCUCUUUCCGGCGAAGGAUUUGAGAGCUCAGGUGGUCGGCCGGUGACUGUGGUUGUUGGGGAGGAAAAGAGAGAAUUCUUGGUGGAUCGUUAUGUGUUAGAAGAAGACCCUUUUCGGAUCUUGAUAGAGACGAUGAAGAAGGAUAGCAAGGAGAGAUUUGAUGGAACCCGAGAAGAGAAAUCCGUGAUUUUUGUUGAUGUUGAUGCCAUUUUGUUUGAACACAUGCUAUGGUUGAUGUAUAAUGACUGUUCCUCUCUGUUUAAGCUCAACGUUGGGGACAUCUUAGAUUUCUAUGGUGAAGAUAUCUGAAAAGAAGAAUUGAAAUG